AUGAGACAUCUUUUGUCUAUUCUUUCAUUGGGUGUCGUCACCGCCACGAUGCCAAUUUAUGGCAAUCCUAAUGUUGCUGCACAUAGCAGGGAAUUGGCCAUAGACACCAUUCAGGCUGACUCUGAAUUGGGGACAAAAUUGCUAAGCCAAGCUCGUAGGCUAGAUGAUAGCGGUGUUGAUAUGUCAUGGGUGGUAGGCUACUCGAUCAAGUUUCAGGGCUGCCAUCACGUGAGUCAAUGGAACGACGAUGCAGACGAAAAUGAUCAAGUUCGAAUUCAAACAAAACGAUUGAUCCGUUUCCGGUUAUGCCCCUCUGAUUACUGUUCAACGUCAAGUUCGGGCGGGUGCAGUUCUGGAUACGGCGAUUACAUUAUUGAUAUGAACUCUUUUCUGGAUGUCUACUUUGAGGCCGUUUCGGAACAAAACCAAUACACAUGUCAAAACGCUUACAGCAACUGCGAUUGUCAAAACAAUGGAGCUGAUGACUACAACGAAGAAAUGUGCUACUACGAUUGCUACAAUGCCCAAGGUGUUGCUGACAUUUGCAUGGACAACAAUCCCUACGAUGAAGACGGACAAAAUCAACAGAGGUUCCAAAUUCAGGAUUAUGCUGAUUGCCAAGAAACAAAUUUCAACAACAGACGCCAAUUGGACGAUGCAGGGAACGAUCAAGGAGAAAAUCAGCAAGAGGAUAAUCAAGAUCAGCAAGAUCAACAACAGCAGGAAAACCAAAACCAAUACUACGAGGAAAAUGCCCCAGAGUACUACAUUGGCCCUUACUGUUCGGAACAAGGAGGGUCUAUCUACCUUGGACUAUUCUAUGAUGAUACUUGCACAACUUUUGCAGACAAUAAGGGAGGAUCAUACACCUUCAAAACUCUGACUGGGCAAGAGCUUCCAUAUGCGUCCAAGACUAUCAUCACCCACGACUGCGUGUCAUGCCAACAGGUAGACAAUGGCGAGAACAACAACAACUACAACAAUUACGGAGUCAGCGAUGUUUGCGGACAAAUCUACGAAGAAGCUGGAAAGUGUGAGAAGCAGUUGUAUUCAGCAGGAGUCGUUGCCUAUCCGAAUCAAAAUGCCUGCAACUACAUCAAGGGUAUUAAAGUUGUCAGGAAAGAUGGAAUCAUCACUCAAGUUGGCUCCAAGGCCGAUAAGACUGCUUCGAUAUUCAUCGGCAUUUUUGUUGUUGCAUUUGUUCUGCUUGCGGCCUAUGUCUAUUAUUUGAAAACGAAACUAGAUAGAGUUUCCAUCAACCUUGCAGACAAAUUGUAA